GGGCAGUGCCUGAUGUGCCUGAUCCUCUACUUUCUGCAGUCCAAGGGAAAAACGAGAUCUUGCACAAGGCGCCCCACAUCUCCCUUGCCCAGAGAAGAGCGACAUGGAGCCUCUCCGGCUGCUCCUACUGCUGUCUGUCACAGGACUGUCCCGAGCCCACAACACCACAGUGUUCCAGGGUGUGGCAGGCCGGCCCCUGCAGGUCUUCUGCCCCUACGACUCCUCGAAGCACUGGGGGAGGCGCAAGGCCUGGUGCCGACAGCUGGGCAAGGAGGGCCUGUGCCAGCGGGUGGUCAGCACCCACCGCUCAUGGCUGCUGUCCUUCCUGAAGAGGUGGAAUGGGAGCACAGCUAUCACGGAUGAUAUCCUGGGUGGCACACUCACCAUUACGCUGCGGAACCUUCAAGCCCCUGAUGCUGGCCUCUACCAGUGCCAGAGCCUCCACGGCAGCGAGGCUGACAUCCUCAGCAAGGUCCUGGUUGAGGUGCUGCCUGACUCCCUUGACUCCCAGGACCCUGGAGAUUUCUGGGUCCCCAAGGAACCGGAAAGCUUUGAGGAGGCCCAAAUGGAGCACAGCAUCUCCAGGAGCCUCUCUGAAGAGGACACCCCCUUCUCACACACUUCCAUCCUUCUCCUCCUGGCCUGCAUCUUUCUCAGUAAGCUUCUAGUAGCCAGUGUCCUCGGGGUUGCAGCUUGGCGUGGGUGGAAGCUGAGGACACCCCCAGCCAGUGAGCUCAACCAUGACCGUCAUCCAGGGCACCAGCUCCAAACUGUGACAGGGCUGAGAGACACCUGACAGGAGUCCAGAUGGGAGGAGAGGCCUAGAAGUCCAGCCAGGGAUCAGCCCACCUGUACACUCGCCCUCUCAGCCACCAAGACUUCUGGUUCUGCCCUGGCAAGAGGCCACUCUGCCUGCACCCUGUUUCCCCAGGCCCCUAGGAGCAGGGACUUCUUGGGGAGAGGGGUGUGAAGGGCCAUCUGUCAACUU